ACGAGCAAUAUGAAAGUUUAUUUAAAUAAAUGCUAAUAAUAAUAAUACCAGUGCAAGACUAAUUUCAACCUCUUCUGUCAAUAUCAAGGGUAUCACUCGCUGUAGCAGUAUUGUAAUGUUUGUGCAAGUUUGAUAAGUGUUUUCUCUCAUCUGUUAUUGUAGUGAAUACAUACGUACAGUACAAACGUACAGUGCAUUCAUCUCCCAAAUAUCAGUUUUAAUUCAUAGUGAGUUCGAUAAUGUUAGACGCUACUAGCACAAAAUAUUUACAUAAAAAAGCAUGGACGGAACUAAAUGAGAGGGAGGACAGUUCACAGGAAGUGGUAAAAUUUCGAAUGUUGAUCGAGAAACUGGAAGGCCUUACUUGUCCUACAGAUGAGCAAUUUUUAAUCCGAUUUCUCAGAGCAAAAAAAUUUCAUCGAGAUGAAGCUAUGAAAUUGCUUAUUUCGUAUUAUGAAAUGCGACGGGAUAAUCCAAGUUUGUUUAGAAAUUUAAAUCCAGAAUAUUUACGUCCCUCUUUGGAAAAACGGCUUCAACAUGUUCUCAGUUCGCGAGAUGAUAAAGGCAGACAAGUGUUCAUUUUUAGAGCUGGGAGUUGGAAUCCAAAUGAAGUUAGUCUAGAUAACAUUUUUCGUUGCAAUUACCUUUACCUGGAAGAAAUGACUUCACUACCUGAGACGCAAAUUAAUGGAAUUAGUGCUGUUGUCGAUUUUCAUGGUUUUUCAUUCUUUCAAGCCCGGCACUUUACUCCUAAACACGCACUACGAAUGAUUAAAAUUAUUCAGGGCAGCUUUCCAUGUCGCUUUCAAGAAUUUCAUUUAGUCAAUCAGCCAUACAUAUUUCAUCUCGUUUAUUCCAUUGUAAAACCGUUUCUUUCUGAGAAAAUUCGAGACCGGAUCCACGUUCACGGAACCGACUUAAAUUCACUCCAUCGCUUCCUACGACCUGAGAUACUCCCCGAAUUUUUGGGAGGAAGUAAUAAUAACUCCUGGGAUGCUGACUGGUUGGUUUUCAUGAAGCGUAUGCUGGACAAAAAUCAACAUUACAAAGAAAUGAUGAGCCAACAAUAUGGAUUUCGAAAUAUUGAAAAUUCGUUAAAUACAUAGCAAAAUCUUUAAACCCGAUGCAAAUGACAUGACCUCUCAUAAAACAAGGUCACCCGGUGGAUUUCGACUUUAAGGGAGUGCCGAGUUCUUACAAAUUGCACAGCAAAAUAGUUUCUAAAACCGUAUUAUUUACAACACAAUUGUAUUACUUAAUAUUAACAUCCAUGUCAUUAAAUAUUUGGAUUUUCUUACGUUUUACAAAAAUCGAAUAAAAUAUUGUUGUACUUCAA